UGGCGCGCAGGAGGGGCGCAGGGAGGGGUCUGGGACUCCUGGCCAGGCUGGGCCCGGGGAGGCCGCUCAGAGGAGCAGGCCCCGCCCCGGCCGCGCACAUCUGGGCUGGAGCUCGGCCAUCCCGCGCGGGGUGGGGGCGGCGCGGCAGGCGGGCUGUUGGCGGCGCACGUCGAGGGCUGGGCGGGCAAGACCACCGCCUGGGAGCCCCGGGGCGCAGCGGCAGCGCAGUCGUUUAGCUGUCCGGAGAGCGGAGACGCCUCCCUUGUCUUCUUGAGGGCUCAUUUUCAGAGAAGAUGGGUUCCGAUCUGCCCCGUAGGCCCUGCAUCUACCUGUGACCUCUACCUGCGGAUCCCAGUGAAAAGAAAGGAAGGGAGGGGAGCAAAGCUGGGGCAUCCUUUGUCCUUAUUGGUGGAGAACAGCCACAGGGUCUGCAAAGAUGCUGGCUAUCCCGGAGAUGGGCCUACAGGGGCUGUACAUUGGUUCCAGCCCAGAGCGCUCCCCGAUACCAAGCCCUCCCGGCUCACCGAGGACACAGGAAAGCUGUGGCAUUGCCCCUCUCACACCCUCACAGUCUCCAAAGCCUGAGGCACGAUCCCCACAACCAGCCCCCUUCUCCGUGGUGGUAGCCAUAGACUUCGGCACCACAUCCAGUGGCUACGCCUUCAGCUUUGCCAGUGACCCUGAGGCCAUCCACAUGAUGAGGAAAUGGGAGGGUGGGGACCCAGGCGUGGCCCACCAGAAGACACCCACUUGCCUGCUUCUGACCCCGGAAGGUGCCUUUCACAGCUUCGGCUACACCGCCCGCGACUACUACCACGAUCUGGACCCUGAGGAGGCGCGGGACUGGCUCUACUUUGAGAAGUUCAAGAUGAAGAUCCACAGCGCCACUGAUCUCACCUUGAAGACCCAGCUGGAAGCAGUGAAUGGAAAGAAAAUGCCUGCCCUGGAGGUGUUUGCCCAUGCCUUGUGCUUCUUCAAGGAGCAUGCCCUUCAGGAGCUGCGAGAGCAGUGUCCCUCGAUGCCAGAUAAGGAUACUGUGCGCUGGGUGUUGACAGUGCCUGCCAUCUGGAAACAGCCUGCCAAGCAGUUCAUGCGAGAAGCAGCCUACCUGGCUGGUCUGGUGUCAAGAGAGGAUGCAGAGCAGCUCCUCAUCGCCCUGGAGCCUGAGGCUGCCUCUGUGUACUGCCGCAAGCUGCGUCUGCACCAGCUCCUGGACCUCAGCAGCCGGGCCCCUGGCGGUGGGCGUCUGGGCGAGCGCCGCUCCAUCGACUCCAGCUUCCGGCAGGCUCGAGAGCAGCUGCGGAGGUCCCGCCACAGCCGUACAUUCUUGGUGGAGUCUGGCGUUGGAGAACUGUGGGCAGAGAUGCAAGCAGGAGACCGCUACAUGGUGGCAGACUGUGGGGGUGGCACAGUGGACCUGACAGUGCACCAGCUGGAACAGCCCCAUGGCACCCUCAAAGAGCUCUACAAAGCCUCUGGUGGCCCCUAUGGUGCGGUGGGCGUGGACCUUGCCUUCGAGCAGCUGCUGUGUCGAAUCUUUGGUGAGGACUUCAUCGCCACCUUUAAACAGCAGAGGCCAGCAGCCUGGGUGGAUCUGACCAUCGCCUUUGAGGCCCGCAAACGUACAGCAGGCCCGCACCGCUCAGGGGCACUCAACAUCUCCCUGCCCUUCUCCUUCAUCGACUUCUACCGCAAGCAGCGGGGCCACAAUGUGGAAACAGCCCUGCACAGGAGCAGUGUGAACUUCGUGAAGUGGUCCUCACAGGGGAUGCUCAGGAUGUCUUGUGAGGCCAUGAACGAGCUCUUUCAGCCCACAGUCAGUGGGAUCAUCCAGCACAUAGAGGUGCUGCUGGAGCGGCCGGAGGUGCAGGGCGUGAAGCUGCUGUUCCUGGUAGGUGGCUUCGCCGAGUCGGCGGUGCUGCAGCACGCGGUGCAGGCGGCUCUGGGCCCGCGGGGGCUGCGUGUGGUGGUCCCGCACGACGUGGGCCUCACCAUCCUCAAGGGCGCGGUGCUCUUCGGGCAGGCCCCGGGCGUGGUGCGCGUGCGCCGCUCUCCGCUCACCUACGGCGUGGGUGUGCUCAACCGCUUCGUGGCAGGGCGCCACCCGCCCGAAAAGCUGCUGGUCCGCGACGGCCGCCGCUGGUGCACCGACGUCUUUGAGCGCUUCGUGGCCGCCGAGCAGUCAGUGGCCCUGGGCGAGGAGGUGCGGCGCAGCUACUGCCCCGCGCGGCCGGGCCAGCGCCGCGUGCUCAUCAACCUGUACUGCUGCGCCGCCGAGGACGCGCGCUUCAUCACCGACCCCGGCGUGCGCAAGUGCGGCGCGCUCAGCCUGGAGCUCGAGCCCGCCGACGGCCAGCGCGACGGCGCAGGCGCGGCCCCGGGACGUCGCGAGAUCCGCGCUGCUAUGCAGUUCGGUGACACGGAGAUCAAGGUCACCGCCGUGGACGUCAGCACCAAUCGCUCGGUGCGCGCCGCUAUCGACUUCCUGUCCCACUAGGCGCGCGGGCAGCCCGCCCCGCCCCUGCCGCUCCCGCCUCCUCAGGGGGGGGUCUGGGGAGCAAAGCGCCCGGCCUCGCCCUCUGGCCCGGCAGGACGAGGUCGCCGCAGGCUGGGUCGGAACACGCCCAGGCUGGCUAUUUGGGACGGGCCCUGGACCAGCGCCAGUGCUGGGGUUGGGGCUGGGAGGCUGAAAGCCUCUGCCAGGGACUGCGGUCAAGGACUUUGAGGGUUUCCAGCCGGCGUUCCCACAGGGAGCAUGUGACCCCGAGGACUGAAUGCCCCAGGGCCGGCCUCUGCUGCGGGUGGGCGGGGGCUUCGCAGACAGUUGGGAGGGACCAAGCCAGGCCUUGGCUGGAGUGGCAGGGGCCACAGGAGCCAGAAGAGCCUGAGCGCCAGCUGACACUGGAGGGUGGCGAGUGGUCGACCCUAACCCUUCAAACCUCUCCUUAGAACCCACCCAAGAAUGGCUGCCACCUGUAGAGGGCAGGAGCAAGCUACUGAAGGUGGUACCAAGAGAAGGCAGUUGUGAGGGAAUGUGGAAGUGGGAGGGCUUUUCCUUCAGGACCAAUGACCCACCUUCAUACUCCAGCCACAAAAGGGCAGUGGGGGUAGGGGCUGAGGAGGAAAGAGGGAGCUGGUGCCAGCUCUGCCAUCAACUCAGGUGUGCCAUUAGAACAUUUCCUGCCCCCAGGCUACAGCCCCACCUACCAAAGAACCCUCCUGUGGCAAUAAAGCAUUUAUGCUCCAGUUGAA